AUGGCGGCCAGCUAUGCUUGGACCCUCCUCACUGCCCGGCAGCCCCAGCACUCGCUGCAGCGGUCCUGGACUACGGACUACCUGUUCACGCCUCUUUUUCACGGGGGUGAGAUCCACGGGUCAUAUGGUUACCGCAGAUGCCGGGGCUCCCGUUUCCGGCCGGCGGGACCGGAGCAACGUACCGAGCGCACGCUGACGGCGGCCGACGGACUCGGGUCGCUAUGGCAACGCAGCCCGCCUGGAAGCCGCUCCACGGGCGUUCGGGGUGAGACGGGGGCGGCUCGCGGGGGUGUUCCUGCGGGGCCCGCGACGCGGGAGGGCGCGGCGGGGGCGUGGGAGGUGCCGCUUUUCCUUGGAAAAUCCCACGACUCCAGUCCCUUCGGCGCAGCGCGCUCUCUGGAGCCCUGGAUCCUGAGGUGGACCCUGGCCGAGCUUCGGGCCGGCUGGGAUGCCCCGGGACCCUUCGCGGGGAAGGGGGUGCGGACGGAGCGGGAACGCCCGGGGAGCUGCCGCGGGCUCAGAGAGGGCUGGGGGGCGGCCGCUGCCCGGCGCCCCGAUGCGACUUGGGGGAAGGACUCCGCUGUGGGCGGGCAGUCACCGCCCUCCCUUCUGUGUGACAAGAAUGGUGAGAUGGACCAUCAUCGGGAACAAUAUGAAAAUCUGAAAUGGAGGCUAGAGAGAAAACUCGAGGAACUCGACGGUGAACUUGCUCUGCAGAGACAGGAGCUACUGCUGGAGUUUGAAUCUGAAGCGCAGAAGCGGGAGCACGAGUUCCGCCUGCAGGCCGACAGCAUGAGCAGCAUGGUCGUAUCCCACGAGCUCAAGGUUAAACUACUGAACAAAGAGCUUGAGACUCUGAGAGAAGCUGGAGCAAAGGCCACGGAGUGUCUGCAGAGGGCCGAGGCCGCGAACUCGGAGCUGGAGAGGAAGCUCCAGGACCAAGCCUGGGCGUGCCGGGACCUGGAGGCCGUGAAAGAUGCCCAGAUAAAGGACUUAGAAGAUAAACUUCACUCUGUGCAGCUAACCAGGAAAAAAGAAGAGGAAACGUUUAAGAGGAAGCAUGAGGAGCUCGACCGAUUGGCCAGGGAGAGGGACGUGGUGCUGGCAGCGGUGAAGGGAGCCCACGGGGAGCAGCUGCAGGCGCUGGAGACCAGGGUUCUGGAGCUGCAGGCCCACUGCGAGAGCCUGGAGGUGCAGCUCCGCAGGGCCGAGUGGAGGCAGGCGGAUGCCGGCAAGGAGAAGGACGCCGUCAUCGACAGACUUCGUGAAGAUGCAUCAGCCCUCAAAUCUGCCUGGGAUGCCCAGAUCGCUCAGGUGUCCAAGGAGAUGAUCUCCAGAGACCUUCAGGUUCAGGCGCUGCAGCAGGCAGAGGCGAGGCUCAAGGCACAGCUGGCUGCGUUUCAGCAGGACAUCGACAGGUACAGACAGCAGCUGUCCCUGGCCGUCGAGAGGGAGCAGAGCCUGCAGCGUGAGCAGGUGCAGCUGGGCCUGGACUGGCAGCGCCGCUGUGACGACGUGGAAAGGGACCAGAUCCAGAAGUCAGAGGCUUUGAUCCAGGGUCUGACCUCGGCAAGAGACCAGGUGGCCGCCAAGCUGCAGGAGGCAGAGCGGGCGCUGCAGGAGCAGGAGGUGGCGCUGAAGGCUGUGACCUUGGAGCGCAACCAGGCCGUGCAGGCACUGAGGACACACGGGCUUCCCGUGCCCGGGGCACAGACACUGCUAAGGCAGCCUGGAGAAGAAACAAGCAAAGAUUUUCCGUGUAGUGAGAUCCAGCGGCUACGAGAGCAGAAUGCAAGCCUGCGGAACGCCGUCGCGCAGAUGAGGAGAGACAUGGAGACGCUCAGUGAGCACAUCCUUCCUUCUGCCCAGCUGGGGGCAGAGACAGCAAGUGCAGAGCGGCCGGGCCCAGAGGCGGGAGGAGACACCGCCACUCCCGAUUAUGUUCUGGCCUUUGAAGCAGAAGUACAGAACCUAAAGCAUAAGUUUAAAACAUUGGAAGAACAGCUAAAAGAUGUGUUGGAUCCUCUGAGGAUGUCCUCGUCACACAGUAAUGCCCGACCCAGUGUCCACGCCUCGGAGGGGACUGGUGAGCAUUCUCAUCUCCCUGGCACGGCAGGGGGAAGGGAAGCUGGCUGCCCAGGUGGAUCUGUCCGAGCUGGCCAAGCGCCCACUGGACUGGCGCUCAGGAAGCUCGGAGACAGAGUGCGUCUGCUGAACUUGCUGGUGACGCGGCUCAGGCAGAAGGUGUUGCAGAAGCCCCUGGAGCUGGACACCGUCCAGCGCGAGCUUCCCCGCGAGGUGGACCAAGUGCACCUGGAGGUUUUGGAGCUGCGAACGCAGGUGGCUGAGCUGGGGGUGCAUCUCGGGAUGGCCCGGCAGGAAGGAGGGGAGCCUUCAGGCCGGAAGCAGCCACGAGCUUUGGACGCUGCAGCCCUCCAGAGAGAGGGCGUCGAGACUGGUGCGCCCGCGCAGGCUGAGGACCAGAGGGAGCUCCUCAGGCACCUGCGGCCAGGGCCACAGCCCCUGCAGUCCCUGUCUGUGCACCAGCUCCAGAGGAAGCUGAAGGAAGCGGCCAGAAAAAUCCUCAGCCUCCACCUGGAGAAGGAGCAGCUCAUCGAGAUGGGGAACAGACUCCGCGCGGAGGGCGGCCACCCUAAAGCGCAGCGCCCAGGCGUGGCGCCCGAGGUGCCGCUGGACCGCGGCCUGCCUGUGGGAGAGUCGCGGCCCCACUUCACAACGCAGGGCAGGGUGGAAUCGAGCGUUGAGACGCAGGGUGGGCAGAUUGGCACCAGCUACGGGACCGACGAUGGGGCCCAGCCCCAGGAGUGCCAGGGAGCUGCCCCCGGCCAGGCCGAGCCAGGCUGCCCGGACCCUGCAGAGGAGGCUGCUCCUGCGAAGCAACACAGAAUCACCACGGUGACCUGCAAAUCAGCUCACCAGAAAGAAAACAGGUCCCCAAAGCCAAAGCCACCCCAGGCUCAAGAAUUCCCUGAGGAAAAUGGCUGCCACACCCAGAGGUCAUCUUCACUUGCCAGCAGUUCCCUGCAGGACACAUGGAAGCUGCUAGACCUGGGGUCUAGCCCUUCUGGCCUCACCUCUCAGGACGACUCGUCUCCAGGGCUCCCAGCGCCACCAGCGGCCCCCCGUCUCCAGGAGGCUGUCAGGAGCCGCAAUGUGUCGCAGGCGGGCUUUGCGAUCCAAGGGAUGAAGGUGUCAGCCCAGUCAAAGGCCGAACCCACCAGAACCUCCAAGUGUCAUCCUGAAAAGGCUAGAGGUGGCCGGCGGCCCCCCAAGAUCCGUAACUACAACAUGAAGGACUGA